AUGAAUGGAACAUUGAACUGCACGUGUAUGAAAGGAUACCCAGGAGAAUGUAACUCUUGCCAAGCAAAAAGUUGCUCAUGGCUUUACAAGAAAGGUAAAAGAAAAAGCGGAAUCUGCAACAUUGAUCCGGACAAUCAAGGCAGUUUUAAUGUAUGGUGUGACAUGAACACAUCUGGAGGUGGCUGGACCGUGUUUCAACGUCGUCUUGAUGGUAGUGUUGAUUUCUACAGAGGAUGGCAAGAUUACAAAAAUGGCUUUGGAAAUCUAACAUCAGAGUUUUGGCUUGGAUUAGAUAAAAUAAACAGACUUACAUCUAGAAAACACAAAAAACUCCGGGUUGACAUGGAAGACUUUAAAGGAAACACAGCAUACGCCGAAUAUGACUUCUUUUCUGUUGCAAGUGAAAGGCAGAAAUACAAGUUGGACCUUGGAACAUAUUCAGGAACUGCCGGUGAUUCGUUGAGCUACCACAAAGGAAUGGAAUUUUCAACAAAAGACUCUGACAACGAUAAAUACUCUGGAGACUGUGCAAGUAUAUAUGAUGGAGCAUGGUGGUAUAAAAGAUGUCGUUUUUGUAAUUUAAACGGGAUCUAUUAUCAUAGUCUACAGUCCUCUCGUGGUUAUUGCAUCAAACUGUCUUGA